AUGGCUUUCCGUAAAAUGUUUCCUAGCCUGUACACGGCCGACGAUAAAGAUCCAGCCAAGUCUCGGAAUGCAACAUUGUAUCUGCUGCGGUGCAUCUUUUGGAUGGGCAUAAGGACGCCUCCCCAGAGUCACUUUUGGCAGUACUGUUUGUGGUCCUUUGUACUGAAUCUGAGCUCAACUAUAUAUCAACCGAUUAGCUUUACUACGGGUUACAUUAUGCAUGCAUCUGAGCUAACGCCAAGUGAGUUUUUCACCUCGUUACAGACAUCUUUCAAUACUUUGUCCUGCGCAAUCAAAGUGGUCAUUGUCUGGAUAUACGUUAAGCGCUUCGAUAUCGCCACCGGGUUACUAGAUGAAAUGGACAAGUGGCUGAUCCAACCCAGCGAGCGUCGAAUAAUUCAUCGAGCUGUCGCCUUUAGCAAUCGCGUAUUCUUCUUCUUCAUGCCCGUCUUUAUGACGUACGCCACGACCGCGUUCCUAAGCGCUAUUGUCAGGGGCAGACCGCCGUAUCAGAAUUAUAAUCCCAUUUUGGAUUGGCGAGCCGAUAAAUUGCAGCUUUGGAUACAGGCGGGCCUCGAGUACUUUGCCAUGGCGGGCGCCUGUUUUCAAGCCGUCUGUGUCGAUUGUUAUGCCAUUAACUUUACUUUGGCGUUGAGAGCUCACAUGGGCGUCUUCAAGAAUCGUUUGCGUCUGUUGGGAAACAAUUCAGAUGAGACUCCUGAGCAGAGCUAUGAAAAACUCACCAAAUGCAUCAAGGAUCACAAAGUCAUAUUGAGAUUUUGCGAUACUUUGCGUCCCAUAAUCGGUGGCACUAUAUUUGUGCAGCUUUUGAUUCUGGGUAUUACCUUGGGCUUUACUAUCGUCAACAUUGUCCAGUUCGCCAAUUUCAACUCUGGCAUUACUGCCUUUUCAUUUAUUGGAGCUGUGCUAUUGGAGACGACUCCUUUCUGUAUACUUUGCAACUAUCUAACAGAUGACAGCUUAAUGCUAGCGGAUGCUCUUUUCGAGUCUAAUUGGAUCGACCAGAAUGAUCGUUACAAAAAGACGCUGAUACAGUUUUUGCAACAUCUACAGAAACCACUGGUUUUUAUGGCCGGAAAUAUAUUAACCAUUUCCAUGGCCACAAAUCUAACGGCCAGCAAAUUUGCUAUUUCCGUGAUUACUUUAAUACAAAACAUGAAUAUAGCAGAAAAGUUCGAAAGGUUACCAAAACCGCAUGAAACUGAAAAGUAA